AUGGCCGCACCACCGGAGGGGAACGUCCGCUUCGGCGAGGGGAGGGCCGACGUGCUGGAGCCGCAGCCGCUGGAGGUCAUAGCGCCGAAGGUCAAGGCCAAGAAGCGCAACCCGGCGCCCGGAGUCCGGGUUGUUGGUCGCCGGAUCUACGAUCCAGAGAAUGGCAAGACCUGCCACCAGUGCCGCCAGAAGACAACGGACUUCGCAGCGGCGUGCAAGCAAGUCAAGAAGAAGGGUCCGUGCCCAAUCAAGUACUGCCGCAAGUGCCUCCUUAACAGGUACGGCGAGAGUGCCGAGGAGGCGGCCAGCAAGGAGGACUGGAUCUGCCCUAAGUGCAGGGGCAUCUGUAACUGCAGCUUCUGUAGAAAGAAGAAAGGCGAGAUGCCAACUGGGAUAAUGGCCCACAUCGCCAAGGCUUCUGGGUGCACCUCUGUCCAUGAUCUCCUUGAAAAGGGGUCAGAUGUGGUGGCUGCUGCGCAAGCGAUACUCAAGGUGAAUGGUAGUGACAAGCAGGGCACAAAGAGAUCCCAAGGGACAGAUGCUGCUGAUGAGGUGGCCACUGAAAAGGAUGUAAAUAUAGGCAUUGAUCACAAUACAGUUCCAGGAGAUGAAGGGGAUGAAAAUAUAGGUGUUGAUCUCAAUUCACUUCCUUCUGUUCAUAUCAAGAAAGGGCAGAAGCUCAAGCACAGGGCAAAGAAGGAUCCUGCUGAUGAAACGUCACAUGGUGGAGUCAAUAGUGAACCAUUGCAGAUGGAUGAGAACCCUGAUUCGCUCAAUAGUAACACUGUGCUACCCAGGGGUACCCCAGUCACAAACAUUGCAGGUGCACAACUUGACGAUGAGGAUGUUGGGGCUGCAAUUCAGUUUCUAGAAUUCUGCCGUGCAUUUACAGAGAUUUUUCAAAUAAAGAAAGGGCAACCAGAAAGAAUUCUUCAAGAUUUAGUUGGAGGCCGUGAACUUCGGUUGGUAUCCUCAGUUGUUGCUGGGUUUCACAUAAAUUUGUUAUCUGUCAUUCGAGAAGGAAGGGGGAAGAAGCCUCUGGCUUAUACAAGAGAUGGAGAUGCAUGGGUAAUUGAUGUUGGCAAAUAUAUAAGUGAAUCAGCAUUUAUAUCAAAAGGAUUUCCUCUCAACUAUAUCAAUCAGGGGAUAUCAGGAUAUAAAAACUUGAGCCCUUCUUGUAAGCUGCGUGUUCUGAAUUUUCUUUGUGAUGAGACCCUCUCUACUGACAAGCUGAGGAACUGGAUUGACAUGCAAAAUGACAUAGCUGCUGAACCAAUGAAUGCUGCUAGAGAAAAAGCUCGUGCUGCAAAAGAAAUGGAAAAGGAGCUAAAGGAAGGGCUAAAGGACAACAUGGAUAAAACAAUGCUUUCACCAAAUGAAGCAGCAGCCUUUAGCAGUGAAGAAAAUAAGUAUCUUAUUUCCCAAAUAAAGGUGGCACAGGAAGUCAAGCGUGCAGCCAUAAAUGAUAUGGCAACUAUGGAGAAGCAAGGAGGUCUUUGGACCAAGCCUCUGAUGGUAGAGAAAGGAGUAGCAUAUUGGAAGCUAGAUGGGUACUGUGAUAACUCAGCAAUAUUGCUUCAAGAGUAUGGUGAUGAUGAAUUAAUGGCAAAUAAAGACAAGUGGUUUAUGUUUAUUGAAGACGAAGAGAAAGUAAUUGAAGAACAUGUAGCCACAAGCUGUUGUCUGUCGCCUGAGGACUCGCUGUUUCCGCUGCCGGUCUCUAGGCAUCGCUGUUUCGAGUGCCCUGGGGUGUUCAGCGGCGGGAGCACUAAUCCCUGUGUCUCCGUGUGGCAACGGAUUUCGCCGGCCCACGGGGCUACCGGUGUUGCCACCCCGCAACGGCCUUCGCCGGUGGGUGUUGCUGGUGCGACACAGACGCAGAACGUGUAUCGUCAACCUGCUACUAGCCGUGUCUCCGUGUGGCGACGGAUUUCCCCGGCCCACGAAUCUGCUAGUGCUGCAUCUCAGCAACGGCCUUCUCCGGCGGAGUUGGUUGGUGGCGCUGAGCCCUUUGGAGUGGAGGUGGCAGCGGUGAUUGCGGCCAGAAUUGAUGUUGACGCCAAUUCACUAGUACUUCGUAAGGCUUCGCCCUCAAGUUACCUGCUGGUCCUCCCCGAACUGGCCUUGGUUGAUCGUCUGGUUGAGUUGAGGCAGCCAGUCAGUUCGUCUGGAUUCAACUUCAGCCUCCUGUGUAAGCGUUGGAGCCGUCUGACUGGUGCCCAGGGUCGUGUCUUGCCGUUCCUGAUCGACGUUGAGCUUCGUGGCAUUCCAAACCACGUUUGGGAAACCUCUACUGUGGAUCGUCUCUUGAGUCCACACGCGUGGGUCCAGCAGGAGACGUCCCUGUUCCCCUCGGUGACCUCCCCAACUAUUGUGCGGUUUGAAGUGGAUGUUGGGCCUUUGCCUUCGGAUGGCGUCCUCGUUUUUGGCCCGGCGGACGCGGCUUCUCUCGGGCUGGACUUGGGCCCUCGGCCUGUGAUUGAUUCCCAAUUGGCGUCCACUGGCUUGGGUAAGGCUAUGGUCUGGAGCUCCCCCGGCCGUCCGACGGUGCCGUGCUCUUCCUUGAGCCUCCCCGUCAGAUUGGCAACGGUUGAAGCUUCUCCGGCCUCACCACACUCGCCUCAACGAUCUCCCGCGUCCGUCUUCCCGGGGUUCUUCCCACUGGCGGCGCGGGGCCUGCCACUUCGCCAGCUUCUGAUGGCCCGAUUGGGGAGCCUCUGGGCUCAGAGGCGCCUGCUCCGCCGGCUGCGGGUGGGGAUCCCCUGGGCUCGGAGGCCAGUGGAUAUGCUUGUCCCUCUGCCCGUGAUCCAGAAGCAGCGAAAGAAGGCCCCUCCUUCAGGGUCUCUGCUGCGGCGUAGCCGGCGGGUCACUGGCGCUGCCCCCUGCCCUCUAGGCCCGGUGCUCUCGGAGGCUCAGAAGAGGGUGAUGCGACAACUUGGCUUUGAAGAAAGGGAGAUUAUUCAGCCAAAUGCUCAAGAUAAUUAUAAUGACAUGGAUCUCAAGGAGAUCCUGCUCUUGGGCCGAAAAUAUACUUGGUCCAACGAGAGGAGAUCGCCUACUCUGGUCAGGCUGGAUCGAGCUUUCUGUUGUGGUGAUUGGGACAAUAUUUUUCCUGAUGCUGUCCUGCAAAGCACAGCAGCUGGUGUAUCGGAUCACUGCCCUCUCAUUCUGGGUUUGAAAGAGGAAAAACAGAAGGCAGUGGAUGAUUUUUAUGAGAACAUUCUUGGCAGUGCUGAAGUAAGGGACUAUACUCUUAACUUAGAUGAGUUAGAUAUGCAGCAUCAUGAUCUUUCCGAUCUUGAUGCCCCAUUCUCUGAGGAGGAAGUCUGGGCUACCAUAAAAGACAUGCACUUGGACAAGGCCCCUGGGCCGGAUGGUUUCACAGGGAGGUUCUACAAAUCAUGUUGGAGCAUUAUUGAGGGGGAUGUGCUGAUGGCGUUGGACGCCAUCCAUCGCGGCCAUGUAUUCAAAUUUAGGCUAUUGAAUACGGCCUAUGUUACCCUACUGCCUAAGAAAGUGGAUGUAGUUGAAGUGAAGGAUUUUUGUCCUAUAAGCCUGAUUCAUAGCGUUGCCAAAUUGGGAAGGAAGAUUCAUGACAACUUUAUGCUGGUCCAACAGAUGGUGAAAUCUCUGCAUAAGAAGGAGGCGCAUAUCCUUCUUAAACUAGACAUCUCCAAGGCGUUUGAUUCUGUCUCUUGGUCGUUUGAUCCUGGAAGUCAUGUGCAAGGUAGGGUUCGGUCAGCGGUGGCGAGACCUUAUUUGCUUGAUCCUGUCCACCUCCUCGACACAAGUACUGGUUAA